AUGAAGUCCUCCACCCCCGGACGUUUCCGCCGUCUGGUUUGGAGGUGUGACAAUUUGGGUAAUCAAAGUGAUGAAAAUUCAAAGAAUGAGAAGGAGGUUGUGCAUGUAGACACUACUACACUUGAAAGUGGAGAGAAGAAAGUAGACUGUUGUGAUUCAGAACCAUCUGAAGAUGAUGAUUCGGAAGAGAAAUGGGUGAUCAUAGAUGAGAAAAUUGAUCUCAAUGAAGCACCAAAUGUUUUAGUUAUGGAACAAGAUGCUUUUAUGGUUCCAGAGGAACACAUAGUCAAAGCUGAUGAUAUUGACGAUAAUGCCCUUUCCUUUAACACCAAAAACCCAAGUGAUCCUUCAAUAUUGAAACCUGAAAGCAUGUCAUGUGUUGUUUCAUAG